AUGGUGAAGAAGAAGAUCCCCAGCGCCACCGCCAGCUCGACGAGUGGAAGCGUCGCCGCCAAACCUUCCUCGAUCCUUUCGAAGGAAGGCGCCCCGAGCGCUCCUCCCCCAGCUCCGGCGCCGCCGGCGCCACCGAGCUCAGCAGCGAGGCCCGCUGCGGAGGAGACCAGGGCUCCACCUACGAAGAGGUCAAUCGGCGGUUUUGCCGAUGAAGAUGAUCUCCUUGACAUUGAUGAUGAUUUCAUUGAGCCUCCACCCAAGAGGGAUCUACGAGGUGUAAUAUCCUCUUUAGAGGCUUUUGCCUCUCAAUUCACCUCUCUGGAGGCGGACAAAAUUCGGCUGCAAGAGGAGGCUAAGUCUUCCUCUUCAAAGCUGGAUGGCGCCAUCAAAAAGGCCGCCAUAGCCCGCCAGGAGGUCGACUCCCUGAAAGAAGAGCUGAACAAGCUGAAGGAAAGGCUGAAGGAGGAGGAAGCUCGAGCGGCAGAAAAGGAUGAACUCCUUCGUCAGUCUGCCUUAGCCCUGCUUGAAGCCGCCAGCAUCCCUGCUACUGCCUUGGACAAAGUUUCAGGCAACUCCCCGGCAAAUGGUGUGUCAAUGGUUCUUGCCACCCACCAGCUUACCCGGGAGCUGCUUGACAAGGGAAAGGGUGCUCUGACGCGGAUGCAUUCAAUGAUAUUCCCCAAGGCCAAGCAAGAGAAGACUCUGGGACAGCUGAUUGAUGCCUUCGCAGUCGACACCAAGGAGGUCAUCGAGGUAUUCAAGCGCACCUCACGUACCUAUGGUGCCCUUCUUGCCUUCCAACUUAUGAUGGGUUACGGCUUUAAGGCUGACAUCGAAGAAAUGACCAAAGAGCUGCCGAAAGAGAAAGAUGGGCGUCUUGUUAACUUAAGCGCUUUUACAGCGUCCGCCCGUACUUGUGCUCGCCAGCUCCUUGAUUUAGUUUCGUCGGGAAAGGCAUCGGCUGGCCCCAGCCUGUCGACUCAGACUCAGGCUCCUUGA